AUGAGUGCCGACGAACUACUCAACGUUGCCUUUUUCGGCGCCACUGGAGGCACAGUCUUCAGCUGUCUCGUACAUGCCCUCAAGAAAGAGUACAUUCACUGCCACGUCCUUGUUCGAGACACCGGAAAGUUGCACAGACUGCUCACGGGAGCAACUGGGACCUCUUCACACGACUUACUUCGCGUCAUUCAAGGUGACAUCAGAAGCAGGUCCGCCGUCAAAAGCACAAUAUUUCCUCCUUGUGAAAUAUUGACGGGCCCAGUGGACGUAAUCAUUUUCGGAGUGGGCGGCGUCGAUGUGCACGGCAGAAUGAUAUACGAUAGCGACGUCUCCAAAGAUGGCAUUAGCACCGUAUUUCAAGCUCUCAUUUCUGAGCCUAGCGAGUGUCCCCGUAUCGUGGCCAUCGGAUCUCUUGGAAUCGGCGGCCAAGUAACACGACUUCUAACACGAACCCCCAGUGCAGAGGCCGCAUCGGCCAGAGCUAGCUAUGCUUGGUUCAAGGGAUCCUCAGCGUACGACGACAAGUCGGAGUUGGAAGAAGUUGUACUUGACGAGAUGCAAGAAGCGGGACUCGAAUGUUUCGACAACCUGGUGGUGCAACCUGGUCUUCUCACAGACAACAGACCCUUAGGACUGGCGGCAAUCAGGCAUGGAUCACCAGGAAACCCUCCUCCUGGGUAUUUCAUCAGCAGAGAGGACCUCGGCGAAUGGCUGUUCUAUCAUGGUAUACUCGGUGCUAUGGAAGGGGCCGUUGUGGUUUGCGGGCCGUGA